GCCUGCCUGAUGGGUUCACCUCUCCCGGUAAAUCUGGGUUCUCGCUCGUUUUGCGCAGUUGUUUCUCGGGAGAGAGGAACCACUCAUUGAGAGCUGGAGGUGAAGAGGAUCCCUUCGGAUGAAGAUGUGGAAGAUCAAGGAGAGAAAGAGACUGGCCCACGGUCACAAGAUACUGACACGGUUGGCCCAAGCACCUUCCACCACGAUCGUAGGGGAAAGACAAGGUCACCCGCUUUCUUCUAAUGGCGGAAAGGGGCCACUGAGAGGGCUGUUGACUAGUGAGGGAUUUUAAGAGGAGAGGAAUGAGGAAAAGGAGGGGCUGUACGAGCUGUCUGGCGCAUAGAUGCACGCUCACCGGCAUACACCUACAGGCUCUCACACAUUCUCACAGGCACAUGUACACUUUAAACACCAAGUUCUCUAUGGUCCCAGAUCCAGCCUUCAGUGCUCUCCAGAGGGGCUGCCCUGGGUUCUGGCUGUAGCCCUUCUGUCUCUCUGCUUCAUCCCUCCUCUCCCUCCUAGCGCCCAACUGCUGUCACUUCGUGCCCUGCCAAGGAGGAGGGAACUGCAGUGACAGCAGGAGAGAGAGGCAGGACAGAGUCGUGGGGGUACAGAGAGGUAUGGAGAGGGAGAUGCUGAGACCAGGUUAACAGUGAGACCCAGAGAGGGGGCUGAGGAGCAGGGUGAGGGGUGGUGAGAGCCCCGGGGGAAGCAGGAACUGAAAGGAGCGGCAAGAGGGGACCAGACAGGAAGACUUGUGGGUCACAGAACAACUCAGCCAUGCCAGGAGCAAAGCGACACUGGCGACCAAGACUCCCAUCCAGCCCCUGGCUGCCCUUGGCCCUGAUACUUCUGACCCUAGGGAAUGGGUGGGCCCAAGAGGGGGCAGAGCCUGUCCUCCUGGAGGGGGAAUGCCUGGUGGUUUGUGAGCCUGGCCGAGCUGCUGCAGGGGGGCCUGGGGGAGCAGCCCUGGGAGAGGCCCCCCCAGGAAGAGUGGCAUUUGCUGCAGUCCGAAGCCACCACCACGAGCCAGCAGGGGAGAUCAGCAAUGGCACCAGUGGGGCCAUCUACUUUGACCAGGUCCUGGUGAAUGAGGGUGGUGGCUUUGACCGGGCCUCGGGCUCUUUUGUGGCCCCUGUUCGUGGUGUCUAUAGCUUCCGGUUCCAUGUGGUGAAGGUGUACAACCGCCAGACUGUCCAGGUGAGCCUGAUGCUGAACACGUGGCCCGUCAUCUCAGCCUUUGCCAACGACCCUGAUGUGACCCGAGAGGCAGCCACCAGCUCUGUGUUACUGCCCCUGGACCCUGGGGACCGAGUGUCCCUGCGCCUGCGUCGGGGGAACCUACUAGGGGGCUGGAAAUACUCAAGCUUCUCUGGCUUCCUCAUUUUCCCACUCUAAGGGUUCAGGCCUUUCAAGGACUGGAAUCUAACCCCUGCCUUCUGCCCUCUGCCCUCUGCCCUCUCCUACCCCAGAAGCAGCAUCUUUGGAGUAGGAGAGAGGCUCCCUCUGGCUGCCUGUAUUCCACCUUCUUGCAUGGAACCCUGUGCCUAACACCCAAGGUGAAGAGUAGAGCUGUGGUGUCUGGGGACCUGGCCCCCCUCACCUACCCUCCCACCCCCAUCCUCCCACUGCGUCUCUUUGUGCCUGCAAGGUAUGGCAGGUGGCAAGGCCUGUGCUACUUUGCAGACUCUGCUCUUCCUGUUCCUCCACCCCCAGCCUUCUGCUCAGUGCUAUUUGGGGACAGGUGGCAUAGGUGAGCCUGACAGGCCCCCCCACAGGGACCCAGAUGGACCAGCCUCAGUGUACCCUGCAGGCUCCUUCCUAUGAGGUGUGCCAGCAUCACGGAUCUUGGCCAGCACAGUCAGAAGCCGAGCCAGCACAGUGUGGGCUAGGGCAGGAGGCUUAGCCACCAGCAGAAGUGUGGGGAGGACCACAGGACAGCCCAGAGCCUGUGGCUGGUGGGGCAGGAAGGCCAUGUGCCCAGACUGAACAUGGUACACACUUUUCAUGUACACUGGGGCAGCCAGCAGACAGUGAAUCUGGGCAUCCAUCUUUGCAAGGUCCCUGAUGGACUCUGGCCCUCACCUCCCCACCUAAGACGUGGGGUGUGUGUGUGUGUUUGCUGCAGCCAAGAGUGGGUGUACUGAGCUUCCUUGGACAGCUGGAGGUAGGGGUAGACAGUCACACGUGGGCAAGUAUUGAUCUCCAAGCAUGACACAUGUCAGUGACGCGGCCACCUCCUAGAACCUUUGUGAUCUGAACUUCAACGACUCCACAUUCUGACCGCCACCGCCACCCUCCCAGCUCUCUCAGCUACCUUCACUGUACCUGUCCCAAACUAGUCCUAGCCUCUCUUCUUUCUCCUGAUUUGUGCUGUUUUGUCCUCCUUCUUAAACUUCCUGUUGUCUUAGAUGCUAUGAUUCAUCCCCUCAGCCACUCUCCUGCCAGUGUUAUAAAAUCUCUAUGUCUUACCGCACGCUGUCCCAUUCUCCCAGCAUGGAUAAACCUAUCAGUAAAGCAACUAGAGAAUGACGGUCAAUGAGAAACCGCAGGAGCCCUGAAGAGACAAGAUGCCAUUUACAAUUUGGAUCAGGGGUUACAGGAUACAAGCAGGUAUGUUUAGAGAAGAGAAAUGUAAAAUUGUAUAUUUGAGUCAAAUAAAAAAGGAAAUUAGUAAUGCUUAAAUUACAUAGGAAACACCAACGCGGAUUUGUGGUUUUCAAAAGAAGUAACUUUUUCAAAAUUUGUCACUAAAGUAGCCUAGAAACAAUAUUAGAACAAAUCUGAUAUGCAUUCUGAGCACCUGGACCUUUGCCUCAAAUAUGAUUCACCUUUAAAAGAACUUGGGGUGGGGCGCCUGGCUUGCUCAGUUGGUAGAAUGUGUGACCCUUGAUCUAGGGGUUGCAGUUUAGAGCCCCACAUUGGGUGUAGAGAUUACUUAAAAAUAAAAGUCAUA